AUGGCAACUGCUGCUUAUUCAUCCGAGAUAUUAACUCCAAGCCGGACUUGGAGUUUGGAAGAUGAAAGUAAAGAUAUAUCGGGUUUUGCGAUGAGAAAGAAAGGUGAUUAUUCAGGAACUCCUUCAUCUCAAUCUAAUGAAACUUUUGAAGUGUUCAGAAAUGAUUCCGAGCCAGAGCAGAUAUCCACCACUGGAGUAUACAAAAGCCCGGACAAUAUCACAACUACAUGUAGAACUGUUCCUCAGGAUUAUUCACAUGUUGCAAACACAGCCCCAGUAUUAAAGACUGAAAAAAGGGAUUAUCUGAUGGACUGCUAUGAAAGUACUGUCACUUCAUCUUGUACCAAAUCUUACAGAUUGUCUGACUCUUUCACAAUUAUUCCUGUAGACUCUGGGACUGAUCAACAAGUGGGGAAAUCCUAUAGCAGUCCAACUUUAGAGCAUUACAAAAAAGCUGACUCUUUAAGCAAUGGUUCAGUCAGAGGUAGUUUCAGUCAUAGCAGCAUAUCUCAUUACCGACCAAAAAUAUCACCUCUGGUAUCUGCUCGUACAUCAUAUCAACAAGGCCGAUUUGGUUACCAUAGACAUCCUGAUGCAACUGUUAAAGCACAAGACAUGAAAAGUUCUUAUAAAUUAAAAUUAUCCGAAUAUUCAGAAAAUGAUUUACAAUCACCACAUUCAAUACAGUGGACUCCAGAUACAAAAGGUUCCAGUCCUAAUCACCGGGCAAAGUUUUCUUUGCCGGACUUUGAGAAAAGUUCUUUGAGCAGUACACGUGGAAAAGAUGACCAUAAACCUUAUCGCAAGUUUGAUAUGAAAAGUCAGUACGGGGAUUAUAGAGGUGCUAGUGCCAGUAUUUCCGAUACUAUUAGCCCAUUGUCUUAUUCUCCAGAAGUCUCCAGAUCAUCUGACGUGAAAUCUAGUUUUUCACAACGAAUCAGUAAUUCGUUUCAAUACACAAACAAAAAGAAAGAUAACGUGGAUGGUGAGUCAUUAUUUGAUAAAAUUAAAAAAGAACCAAAAGGUGAAAACAUAACAGAUUCUCAGCCAUGUUUUAAUGACACAUAUGACCACUGUGAUAACACUCUAAAAGUUAACAACACUUUGUCAGAAACGGAUAACGCUUUCUUAUCAUCACCGUUGGAUAAUGAAAUUAAAAGUCAUUGCAGUAAUGCGUCACUUACUUGUGAUGGUAAUGUGAGUCGUCUGAUCACAGAAGAGGACUUGGUGGAUACGAUUUUCUUUUCAUGUGAUCCAGAAAGCACUGGAAAAGUUACUGUGUCUAAGUUACUGGAAUAUAUUAGAAUGAUCAUGCUACCAGCACAGCUAAAUGAGUCAAGUGAUAUUGAAGAACUUGGUCAGAUUUUAGAUCCAAGUGGUCAUGAUGUCAAUGUUUGUCUAUCAGCAUACCAUGCAGGUGUCACACAGUGGAUUGAAAUACUGAAACAAAGAAAGUAUGAGGAUGAAGAUGGGGAAGGCGUACACUAUGACGAUGCACCUGAUCGGGAGACACCUGUUGAAUCCACUCCAGAAAGACCAUUGCCCAUCCAAAGAUCACUUUCAACGGGUUCUUAUCAAGCUCCAACACGAGGGAUUUCUGAUAUUUCCUUGGUUAGCUUUGGUAGUAUAGAAACCCCAGGUGAAGAUGAUAUUGGAAAGCCGACUAAUGACUAUGUUGAAUUACAAAAUCAAAUUGAAGAUCUGCAAUUUCAAGUGAAAAAACUGACUGAACAGAAUAUGAAAUUGAAUGCUCAGAUGGAUACGACUGAGGAUGCAAAUGGUGCACUCGUAUUAGAAGUAGAAGAACUCAAAAACAAAUUGAAAAGUACUCAUCAAUCUAUUCAGCGUAGCCAUUCAGUGAGAGAAGAAAAUGAUGAUUUAAUAUCUACUAUCACUGCACUAGAGGAUACCAAUAGAGAUUUGAGGAGAAAAUGUACGCAGUUGGAAAAAGAGAAGAAUACCUUUGAAAUUAAAAUAUCUAAUUUAGAGGCAGACUUGCAACAAGCAAGCUUGAAUGUAGAGAGUAUGCAGAAAGAUCAAAGACACAUGAGAUCCUGCAUGGAUGAAUGCAAGAAAGCAAGAAAGAUGGAAGACAUACAGGAAAUGAUGGAAGAGCUUUCCAGGAUGAACAAGGAUUUGAAAUCUGAGAAAACUGAGUUGGAGAAUCAGUUGCUGGAAACAAAGCAAGAAUUGAUGACUUAUCAGGUGCAGAAACAAUUACAAUUGGAAGAAAAUGAAGAUGAAUUGUUGCCUGAGAAAAGAAUCUCUCCUAUUAUUACAAGUACACCAUUCCGUCGAGAUAAAAAUAUAUCACUUCAUUCUGAGUUGAAAUCUUUGGUAUCAGCGGAUGAAACUCUUCCAUCUCCGUUAUGUGGAGAUGAUCUGAAUGAUGACUCCGAUGUGUUCUCCACAACACCCACGCUGUCCAUGGAUAAAUUCAGCCAACUUGCUGCUCAGGUCUCAUUUGACUUCCAGAGAAAGAAAGAGUUUAUUUUACAACAGAUCAAUCAGUUCUCUGCUUCUGCUACACUAGAGGACAAAUCAAGGAUUUCCACACCAGAGAAAUUAAAAAUUGAUGUUGAAGAUAGUAUGGAGUUCUUUGUGGAGAAAGUGAGCAGUCUUGCUGAAAUGAAGAAAGAAUCUGACAAGAAAACACGCAAACUAUCAACAGAAAUAAGGAGAUUAAGAGGAGAGAACAUUCGAAUAAAGAAGAAACAUGAGCAGGCAAUACAUCUACUAGAAAACUUAUCUCAGAAUGAAGCAGAGAGUAGCAUAGAAAUUCGGGAACAAUUGAAACAAUCUUUAACCAGUGAGCAGAAAAGAGUGAAAGAACUACAUGAAAAACUGACUGAGACAUUGAAAGAUCUAGAAGCUGUCAGAGAAGAAGCGCACACAUUGACAAAUACACUUGAAAUUCAACUUGAAUCAAGGACCCAAUUAGAAGAAGAAAUUGAAGAGCUUAAAAAAAUGUUAGAAGAAACUAAAAAACUAAGCCAAGACCUUGAAUCUGAAGUAAAACAGGCUAAAGACACAAUAGUGAAGGAACAAGAAGAAAACAAAGCUCUGAAAGAACAACAUAAUAGUGAACUGAAAGCUAUAUUGGAUCUAGUAGCUGUUGAGAUCACUGACUCAGGAACAGAGUGCCAGAAAAACACUCAUCCAUCAAUAGUUUCCGGUGAUAAAGUAAGAGAAGCCAUUGGCAGAGAAUUGAAUGACCUUAAUUCACAGCUAGCUAAGUCUAGGAGUCUUCUUACAUCUCUGAAUGCUGAUGAUGGCAUUUUAAAAAGUAUAGAAGUGUCUUCACUAGAGAAAAUAAAGAAUGAACUGAAAUCAGAAUAUCAUAUCCCAUCUUCCAUCAACUAUGCAAAAUAUUCUACUUCAUUACUAGAUGCACUCACUUUGGAUGACAUAUCUAAACCGAGGGAUACGCCAAGAAAUAAUUUAUUGGAUCUAGCCUCAUCUCUCUCAUCAACAAAUGCAUUGGUACCUCCUCCACCUUCCAAAUCUAACAGGCUAUUUCUAACUGUGACUAGUGACAGAUUGAACAAAUCCUGUCCUAAUCUAGGUGAAAGAGACUCACUCAAUGUAUCAACAGCAUCAACACAAACUGAAACAUCUGAUUCAUUGAGUGUAUCACAGAUUAGUGACCUUGUAUCAAGUGAACAAGACACAUCAUACUUUUCAGAUUUUCAAACCAGCAUUGACACUCAUCCAGAGUCUCCAAAAAUUCAGGUUCCUAGUGUCUUUGAUGACAGUGAUAAUUCUUCUUAUCAUACUCUCCCACGGACUGAUAAUUCAAUUGCUGGUGUGGAAGCAUCUAGCAGUCUGUCUACAGAGGAGUAUCCAUCACUUGUGACAUCAUCUAUACCAAUUGAAGGCUAUUCAUCUGAUGAUCAACAAACUUGCGAAUUAUCCAGCAUGUCAAUCAGACAUCCACCAUUAUCAUCUACCAGAGUAUCAUCAAUAAAUAAAGACAAUCCAACUACAUUGACCAAUGGUAGUAAAACCAAACCAAAACCAAAGUUACCACAAUGGCAACAGGAGCUGUUAGACAAACGUAGAGCUGCUAAGAACAAAGAAAUGGAUGAUAAAUCUGUGGACUUCUCUAAGAAUGAGAAUAAAACAAAGGACAACAAUCAAAGGCUAACGCAAGAUAAUGUUGAUGAAAACGAACAUAAACGUCUAACAUCCACCCCAAAAAUAAAAACACAAGACACACCAUCACUAACAACAGUUGGUUCUGAUGGCCAAGUAAUUGAUCUGGUUAACGGUGAACUAGAUGAGAUUGAGUUGACAGAAGCUGAUAAGAAAUUCAAUGAACAGUUACUGCAAGAGGCCAGGAAAGUAUCCCAGAAGUUCCAAAAUAGAAGAGGAAGAAGUGAGAGAAAUAUUCCACUCAUUACUUCUGAAACUGUAGCACGAAGUAAAACUCCAUCACCAACUAGACUUACACCUUCUUUAGGCGAAAUACCUCGCGCAAAAUCCUUUGAGAGUCUGGACACAAAACAGGAAGUCGUCAAAGGAGAUCUGAAACCUUUGAAUUGGAAUAUUCCAUCCAAAGAUAAUGGGCACUGCAAAGAAGAUGAACAGACCGUGACAGUAUCAGUGAAAAACGAGCCUGAGAAUCUGCCUGUUGCAACGCAGGAACCUUCUGACAUCGACAUAAAAUCUGAUAUUUUGAAAGCAUUAUCACCAAAUGAAAAAAAUGAUGAUAUUGCGGUCAAGUUGGUAGCUAAACCACAUCAACCACUGUCCAAGCUUCUAGAGGAGAACAAGCUGCAGAAGAAGAAAGACAUUAAAUUUCGAAUGCCUGAAUUAUCAGAAGCAUCGGAAACGGAGAGCACAAGAGAAGGUGAUAGUGUUGAAUCUGAUACAUCAAUGAAUACUGAAAUAAAUGACUCAGUUAUUACAGAAGAGAAAAAGGAUUCAACACCAUCCUCAUCUAAAUCACCUGUAACGCCUACUUUAUCAGACUCAAUACUCCGAACCCUUGGACUCACAAGAAAAUCAGUGAAAAGUCCUGGCAACCUUAGUGAUCAUGAAGUGGAAGCCAAGUUUAAUUCACUAGCAUUGGCAUUUAAAACUGACAAAUUUACAUUGGAAAAGAGAUUAGAGUUGCAGGAAAGACAGAGAGAUAUAGCGGAAGUGAAUGUUGAAAAAGAAACUAAUCUACUUAAGGCUUCUCUUCAAGAGGGAAGAAUGAACCAAGCUGUAGAAGUGAUGCUAAACCAUGUCGAGAAUUUGAAAAGACUUUAUGAGAAAGAACAUUGUGAACUGGAAGACACAAAAAAAAUUUUACUAGAAAAUAAAGUAUUAUAUCGACAAGGGGCAUCUGAAGAUGAUAGCCGACUCAGCAAGAGGUCAAUGUCCUUGGCAGGAAGUAAGGAUGCACGUGGUAGAUUUACACAGGCAAUAGCUGCUACAACACUAAGGAAUAAAGUGACAGGGCUGUUACAGGGAGCUCGCAGGGCAUCAGUUGCAACUGAUGCUAAACAGUCAUUAGAAAGAAAAAGUAGUCUUCCUGAAGAAGAUGAAGGAGUUUCGAAUGGCUCUUCUAAAAGUUCAACUUCACCAAGACAAAGGAUUAGUUUUGGUACAGCAACAAGUGCUGUAAGAAGAAGUAAUAGUCAAUCACCCCCAGCAUCACCUUCGUCAUUAGUUGACAAGAAGAAAUCUGACCAGAAAGAAGAAGAUAUAUUCCAGAAAGGAUUUGAACAAGGUGUUAGGUGCCAAGUGUCCAAAGAGAUUACAGAUCUUCGAGAACAACAGAGAGUAUUUUGUGACAACUUAGAAGAGUUGAUGGACAAUGCUGAACUUGACUUGGAAGAUGAAGAGAUUGAAUCAUCAGAGAAAAAAUUGUGGUGGUGGCCGUCAGAAAACAAUCCAAGAAGUAAAUUUCUUCGUGUAACUAUUUCUACCAUUGUAUUCAUUGUUGCAGUCUUCUUGAUCAUGGCAGUUCUCCUCCCUGUGCAAUGCGGAUCAAAAAAUAGUAUCCCCCUUUCCUGGACAUCUUUUGGAGAAUUAUUUGGACCAUUCACGGAUUUAAGACAUCAAGCACCACCUCCACAGUAAAGUCUUGUCUUAGCAGUCUUUUUUGAGUGAGUCUUUUGGUUUCCAACCCAAUCAGCGCAAGUUAACAGUCAAUAUAAUGUGGAUGAUAAACACUGGUUGGUAAUCAAUUUGUCUUUGUUAACAGAAUAAAAUCAUUGAAUUUUGAG